GAGGGGUGUAGCCGAACUUAUGCUUCGGAAUUGGCUCCCAUGUAAUUAAGUUUCUCGGCCCCCCCCCUCCGAAAGCCACACGGGGCCUGCGUCUCUCUCCUAAAAGAAGGACCAGAACGGGAAAGCAGGGCUUUGGUGGCUGGAGGUGGGGGCCAGGGAGGGGGCGCUUUCCUUCCUUCCUUCUUUUUCCUUCCUUCCUUACACUAUAAAUUGGGCUCCGAAAUAGCGGCUGGCUGGUUUUUGCGGGGAGGUUUCCUUCUUUUGCAAAGUUUGGUGAAGUGCGUGGGGGUGUUGUUUGUCUUUCCCUUUUCUCCACCCCAAUUUCGGGGGGCUUCUUUCUCCUCCGCCCUCAGCAUGACGACGUCUCCCGAUUACCUGGUCAUCCUCUUUGGGGUCACCGCUGGGGCGACCGGAGCUCGCCUGGGCUCCGAUGAGAGAGAGUUAAUCCAGCUCCUAUGGCGAGUAGUAGAUCUGGCUAACAAAAAGGUGGGCAGUCUUCAUCACGUCCUGAUCUGCCCCGAUCGCCUAGCGCUGACGGACGAAUGCAGAGAAGAGACCGGCCUAGACGAGGAGAGUCUGGCGCUCGCCCCGCAGCUGGAACAAGCCCUGGGGCAGGUAGGCGCGACGAACGAGCCCCUUUUUCCUUCCAGGGCCGAACCUUGGGCUUGCUUGCCCCUCCGCCCGACCGAGCAUUCUGGAAAUCGGGGUGUGCGAGGCGCACCAGAUCACUCCGGGGAGAACAGCUGUUCUCAAAGCUGGGAAACUAUGAAUAUCUUGUUACCUGAAUGCUUCUACUCAUUUUUUGAUCUCCGAAAAGAAUUCAAGAAAUGUUGUCCUGGGUCACCUGAAAUUGACAAAUUAGAUGCUGGUUCCAUGAUACAAUAUCUGAAUCCUGACAAGCGGAGCUCAGCACAACGUUUUGGAAUGCAGCAAUUGGAAGAUAUGGGCAAUGUGAUUUUAGCACUAAUUUCAGAAGCCUACAACCACAGGUUUUCAGAUCCAGAAAGGGUGAACUAUAAAUUUGAAAGUGGAACCUGCAGCAAGAUGGAACUUGUGGAUGAUAACACUGUGAUCCGAGCCAGAGGCUUACCUUGGCAGUCAUCAGACCAGGACAUUGCCAGGUUCUUCAAAGGACUAAAUAUUGCCAAAGGAGGGGCUGCACUUUGUCUCAAUGCACAGGGCAGAAGAAAUGGAGAAGCUCUUGUCAGGUUUGUAAGUGAAGAACACAGAGAAUUAGCACUGCAAAGACACAAGCAUCACAUGGGGAACCGGUAUAUAGAGGUGUACAAAGCAACAGGUGAGGACUUCCUCAAAAUUGCUGGAGGUACAUCCAAUGAAGUAGCCCAGUUCCUAUCUAAAGAAAACCAAGUGAUUGUUCGGAUGCGGGGUCUCCCAUUCAAUGUAACAUCAGAAGAAGUGUUAGCAUUUUUUGGUCAACACUGUCCUGUGACAGGUGGAAAAGAAGGAAUCCUUUUUGUGACUUACCCUGACAAUAGGCCAACGGGAGAUGCAUUUGUGUUGUUUGCUUGUGAGGAAUAUGCACAAAACGCACUAAAAAAGCACAAGGACUUGUUGGGGAAGAGGUAUAUAGAACUUUUCAGGAGUACAGCUGCUGAGGUACAGCAGGUCCUGAACAGGUAUUCCUCGGCUCCUCUCAUUCCUCUCCCAACUCCUCCCAUUCUUCCUGUGCUACCUCAGCAGUUUGUGCCACCCACCACUAUCCGGGACUGUGUUCGUCUGCGUGGUCUUCCAUAUGCUGCCACUAUAGAGGACAUUUUGGGAUUCCUGGGAGAGUUUUCCGGAGAUAUCAGAACUCAUGGGGUUCACAUGGUAUUAAAUCACCAGGGUCGACCCUCAGGAGAUGCCUUCAUCCAAAUGAAGUCUUCUGAUCGAGCCUUCUUAGCAGCUCAGAAGUGCCAUAAAAAAACCAUGAAGGACAGAUAUGUGGAAGUCUUUCAAUGUUCUGCUGAGGAGAUGAACUUUGUAUUAAUGGGGGGCACUUUAAAUCGAAAUGGCUUAUCUCCACCACCAUGUAUUUCUCCACCUUCAUAUUCUUUUCCAACACCCACUGCAAUAAUUCCAACGGAAGCAGCCCUCUACCAGCCAUCCCUAUUCCUCAAUCCACGAACCUUCCAGCAAUCUACAGCAUACUAUCCAGCCGGCACUCAGCUCUUCAUGAACUACACCACCUAUUACCCUAGCAUGCAGCAGAGAAUGGAUCUCUACAGCCAGAUAGGUCGGCCAGGCCACUGCCCCAAAAAUGGAUACCUCUUUAAAGGUCCAAGCAGUUAAAUUUUCUUUAAAAAGCUCCAGUUCACAUCCUAUACAACUUCACUGAACAAAAUGGAAAUCCCGCUGAGCAGGCUCCAAAUUCUACAUGGCUGCAAUCUUUCAAGACAGCAUCUACACCAUCUUGGAUAUCUGCUGAUGUCAGGAAAUUGUGUGGGUUUUUUAAAAUAACCAAAUGUCAUCCCAGAAAAAGCAUACAUGUCACCCCAGAAAUAGCCUUUCUCCGUCUCUCAUUCUAUACUUUCCACUGAAAGCCGUGGGGACCACAUAAAAACACUACCGGAAAUCACAACUGCCAAAUUCACAAGGGAAGAAUAUUUCUAGGUAUCUAUAUCCAAAAAUUACAUUUAUCUGUGAUCACUAAAAGUAUCCUACCGAGGUUAAGGCACUCCUAACAUUUGUUGAUACAGCACAUCAUGGCAAACCAACUUUUCUAGUUUCAUGCACAUUUUUAAAAUAAAACAAAAAGGUCUGAAAACCUUCAGAGUUAUGCCAUUGUGGGGUGGUUGUUUCUGUAUGUAUGUUGCAAUUGUAUGUGUGUGUAUAUAUGCCGAUGUAUGUGUACUUGGGUGUGUAAACACCUUGAUUCGUGUAUAUUUAUUUGUUUAACAAUAUUUUUCAGGUUCUAGGCAGGUUUACUUGUCAGUGUAAAAUGCAGUAUGGAGUGGGGAGGGGAGAGAAUGGUGUAUCAUUUUGUAAAAUAUAGCUUAUAAAUAUAUAAAUAUAUAUAAUGUAAUGCUCCAAAAAUUUGUAUAUUGCACGUGACUACUGUAUAUUUAAAUUCCUCUAGUCAGAUAAUCUAACAGAGGAGAAGUUAUUAAUGGUGUACAAAUCUUUCAACAAUUCUGUUUCCAGAAGCCAAUAUAUAACUUAUAAAUAUUAGUAUCAAAUUAAACCUGGACAGUUAGAAAGUUUCUCCUCACCAUUGUCUUUCCUGUGGAGGAAGGAAUUAAAAUGUGUGCUGUAAAAUGUAGAGAUCACUACACUGUAAGGGGCUGGGAUAUGGAAAUUCUGAUUAUAAUGUUUUACAUCAAUUUUUCUGCUGGUAUCCUGAUGAAUUAUCAAAACCACACAGUUUUUGUAUCCAAAACAUACAGGGGCUAUGUCACUGUUGUAAAGAUUGAUUGGAAUUGGUCUUGCUGGAUUCUGUUCAGACCUGAUGAAUGAAUGUUAUGCUCUUUGACUCACAUUACAGUUUUGUCUUCCACAAAUAUUAAACUGUUUUAAAUCAG